AUGAAGAGGCUACUGCUUGAAUCCGGAGAAGAGGAGGAUAAAGAAUCAAAAGCGAUUGAAGAGGAGAUGGACGAAGAAGCCCAGCUGUGGUACUAUCGUGUUACCUAUCUCCACUGCACUCAUGUUGAUUCGGCCGUCAUGCGUCAACUGACUCGAUCCGAGCUGGCCGUGAUCAUCAAAGGCUUUACUGAAAUGCCAAACUACGGUGACUACAGCCUAAUUGGGCGGAAGACUCGUCUUCACCUUCGGCCCAUUGAGGCGACCAGUAACCGAGAGGCUGAGAUCGCCUACGACCGACUGGACGGCCUGGCGAGAUGCACACUGUUUGACCUACGCGUUCUCAUUGUCCUGGAGACAAUGGACGGUUGCAACUCCUACCGACUGCACGCUGUACAGCUGAACACCUCCGGCGAAGUGGAAGAGCUGCUCGAGUUGCUGGAAGCGCCAAAACGUCGACUCAUUUGGCGCUUUCCCGACGACGAGGUGAACCGGACCGUCAGCCAGACCAGUCAUGCCUCAGUGUCAACCGACUCAAGCAGAUUGACAUCCAUCCUUGCCGGUCGACUCAGCCGACCGAAGGCAUCAAGAGUCUUCUCGUUGCGUCGACUCACCAGUCAUGUGUUUGGCGCUCCUGUCAUUGGUCCCAUGCACUCGCUUCUCGCCCACAACUCUUCAGGCAGCCUCCAGUUGAAUGGUGGGAUGGCCUGUCAGCUGGUGCAACUCCUGGCCAUGGUUGAGCUCUCGGACAAACAACAGGCUGAACUGACACCGUCCAGACUGGACGAUUUAAUCACACGACACCUAAAGGAGGCCGAAUCGCAGGCCUUGCAUGCAACAGACGAUUGUAUGGGUGCUCAGCAUGCUAUGAUACUGAAGAGUAAAGGCAUUGGCUUGACUCGGCAAAUAUUGCUGCUACCACGGAGGUUGGAACUAUUCAUCCCCUUCAAACGGAUCGACCAACUAUACAAAUUCAGUCAAAACGCCGAUUCUGAAAUGUAUGUACUGGUUGUCAAUGAGUGGAACCAGGAAGCACAGUUAAACAUGAUGUAUCUACUGGGAUUCUCAGAUCUCGAGCGCCGUGAUGUACUGACAGACCUGGUGACUAAGCUGGUACUGGAGUAUCAGUUCAACUCGAAGCAGAUGAGGCGUAUCUGCAAAGCUCGAGGGCUUUCUGGAAACGCAGAGCUAGUUAAGGACGGAUUGCUUUGGCGAUUUGGACAGAAGAAGACGUAUGCGAGGCGCAAGAUGUCGUCCUUCAACUAA